AGUUCGUGCAGUAGCUGAUCUCAAGCUGAUAAGAAGCCUGGACUCCGGAGAUUGCGUGGUCAGUCCAGUAGGCUUUCAAUGCGGCUAGUCUCGUUUCCCAGUAGAACCUCCAUCUGGUCAUUGACCACUCUAUUCUGCCUGCUGGACGAUCCUCCUCUCAAAGAACCAGCAACGAAGCCGGAUACGCAGCUCUUUCGUUCAGCGUCGGCUGAGCUUCUGCCAGCGCAGCCGUUUGUGACCUCCUAGUCGCUUCUUCCAAUCUUCAGGGAACACAUUCUAAGUCAUGAGCGCGUUUAACUCCGGAUGGAGCGCCUGGGGCGGUGGCGGUCCGAGCGGGGCUAAGAAACGCCAAGACGGCGGCGGAGCGGGGCCGGGUCGCCAGGCACGGCAGUCGUCGAAUCGCGGGACGAUGUUCUUAAUCCGUUUCUUGAUCGUCGUGAUCCUGGUGCAAGCGCUGUACAUUGUGAAGCUUAAGGUGUCGCAGCAGCGCCGGCUUAUCCUGGAAGAGGGACGAGGCAAUAACGGGGAUGGCGGGAACACCCGCGCUGCUGAGGCUGCGGAUAGCGACAAGUUUCCGGGGAUUGAGGGAGGACAAGAGCACCCUAAAUCGUCGCAGGAGCAAUUAGGGAAGGACUCGAGUUUAGGUAUUGCAACGACUGCCGAUUCUGCCGAUUCUGUUGGUGCAGGAAAUCAAGCCGCGGCGAUAAGCACUCAGCCCGAUGGUACUACAGUGACUCCGGGUACCGAAACUGCUUCUAACGGGGACGAGAAGCAGUCGGUGGAGUUGCCGCGAGGUGACAAUGCAGUGGUGACUCUAGCGGGGGGGUCGGAAGGGGAGGGGAGCGGGGAGCAAGGAGCGGGCGAGUUGGGGGAGGAGAGUGAGAUGGACAGUAAAGACGAGGAGGAGGUGGGGUCCAGGCGAGAAGCAAGCGAGCGCGCAGCGGAAGCGGAGGCGGGCGCGCGGGCGGGAGCGGAAACAGACGCGGGGGAGCCGGAAGCGGGGGGGCGAGAUGGUUCUGGGGAGGCGGGUGUCACCAGCGCGGGGCAGCGCCAGGCGGAGGGGCAAGGGCAAGGCAUGUCGUGCCGUGCGUGGCUGGAGGAACAAGACGCAGUGGCUGUUGGGAGGGAUUUCGAGAGGCAGCCAGUCAGAGUGGCGGCCAACGAGGUCAAGCGUUGGGACUGCGACGUGCCGUGUGAGUUUGUGGGCGAGGGCGAUGACGUGGACGGCAGCCUGACAUAUGCAGUGCCCGGCAAGAUGGUGCUGCGCUCCAUGGAGGCGCGGUCCUACUACCCCAUCAACGACCCUGCUAUUGCCAGGAAGUCACAUAGCGUGGUGAUGACAGUGCACUACGACUCAGACGUGCCCGUGCAGUACGGGUCGUGGGAGGAAUAUGACAUCAUGCGGCCUCCCGUGCCCAAGACUGCCGAUGCCAUCGCUGCUGCGUUUAUCAGCAACUGCGCCGCCAACAACUUCAGGCUCAAGGCGGUGGAGGAGCUGCAGAAGUUCUUCACCGUGCACUCCUAUGGGCGCUGCCUCAACAACCGCCCGUACGAGCACGACAAGCUUGCUGUGAUCCAGCGCUACAAGUUCUCUUUGGCCUUUGAGAACUCCUGUGAGCCCGAUUACAUCACUGAGAAGUUCUGGCAGUCCCUCGUGGCCGGCUCUGUGCCGGUGGUCGUCGGCCCGCCUAACAUCGCUGAUUUCGUGCCGGACAACAACUCCUACCUGCAUAUACCGACUGAGGCGGACAUACCCCGGGUGGCGCAGCAGAUGCAGGCUCUCGCUUCCGACGACGAGGCUUACAACAAGAUGCUCGAGUGGAAGCGAUCCGGACCGUCGGAUCAGUUCAUCACCAACGUCGAUCUCUCGGCUGUGCACUCCUCCUGCCGCCUCUGUGUGCUGCUUGCUGACCGCAUCCGCACCCACGAGAUUGCUGUCUCCAGCAGGCCAAGGCCGUGCAGGUGCGAGAGCGUUUCAGAGUCCGGCAAGAAGCAGCUCACAUACCACCUCUAUGUGCGAGAGAGAGGCACGUACCAAUUUACCUCCGUCUUCCUCACGAAAGAUUCUCUUACCCUCCCGGGCCUCCGCCGAGCCAUUCGCCGAACCUUCAAGAAGAAGAGCUACAAGCCUGUUUGGGUCGGCAAGAGACCAGCCGUUUUGGCGUCGGAGAAGCGGAUCAAGGCAUUGAGGAUUUUCCACGUGUAUCCGGCGGGGUCCAACCAGAAGGAAGCCAUGUUUGGGAGUGCGUGGUUCCAGACCUCCGCGCAGUUUGCCAAGUUUUUGGACAGCCACCCUUGCCCGAGAUUAGAAGUGAUCUUUAUCUGAAAUCGUAAGGUUUUUUAUUCCGUGGAAUAAUAUACAACUCGGGUGUUUUGUCCAACUCAUUUGGGCGGUGUGCUAAGAAGAAUGUGAGGAAUUUUAUUCCUUACCGGGUUGUACUGCAAUCACUUACACCCGAACUCUUGGAAGACGAGACUCGGUCCAAUUCCGAUGCAACCCCGAGGCUGGCUCGCGCCGCCUCUGGCCCUUUUGACCGCGCCUGUACCCAACC